GGCGGAGUUACCGGGAGGUGAGGGAGCGUGAGGGAGCUCGGCGUCCGCGCUGAGGUGGAGGUGAGCGGGGCUGCGGGUCGGCGCUUCAGCGAGCGGCUGGGCUGGGCUGACGGCCGCCGUGCUGGAGUAUGGUAGUGCUUUCAGGUCGGAGGGUGUGCUUAGAACUGCGGGACACGUCUGUUUGAAUAGCUAUAAAAGCGAGCUGACUUGGCAGCGGUACUCAGUUCUGUUCAGCUAUGUUCCGUGAUUGGGUUGCUUAGGCUAAAGGAUGGACUGCCUACGAACCGUGCUUUGAAAAUAACGCUCAGAUUUAAGAACGGGAGGUGGCUUCUCUUUGCAAACGUUCUGUCAAAGCCAAAACCUGUUGGUCCAAAGCGAGCUGUUGUAACACUGAAUGUAGGGUAGAGGUGCAGCUCUGUGAAAACAGAAGGCAGCCUUCGUUGCAGUAACGUUUCUGCCCUUCGUUGGCUGCUCAGUGUUAGGGAAGGUGGUGUUGAACCCGCUGCUUCUGUUUCUCUUUAAGAAAUAUUUAUUAAGAAUAAAUGAGAAUAUUUGAAUUGUAGGUGUUACUUAAAGAUUUCCUUACAGAGAGGAAGUAAGUUUGUUUCCUGUAAGAAUGGGAGCAAACUACAUUCAGUUUUCCUUCCUGCCGACUUACUUCAUGUAGCGAUAGCAUUUCCAAAAUCUGCCCUGUGACCGCUGUUGCCUGUCCUGUCCUGUAGACAGACAGCUGUGGGGCUGGACCUUGGCUAUUCUAUCAUUCAGUAUGGCUUCUCCAACUCUGCUCAUGCGUGUCGUCGCCUCCGCGUAUUCUGUUGCAGAAAAAGCUGCAACAAUUGUUAGAAAAGUAAUGGCCGGAGGAGAUCUGGGAAUAGUGGAGAAGAGUGGAGCCAAUGACUUGCAGACCAAAGCUGACCGACUGGUACAAAUGAGCAUUUGUGCUUCACUGACACGGAAGUUUCCCAAAGCAACAAUCAUAGGAGAAGAAGAACUACCUCCUGAAGAAGUAAAUGAGGAAUUAAUUGAAGAUGGCUACUGUGAAGAAAUACUAAAGAAAUCUUGUCCUGCUCAGUACACAGGAAUUAAAGAGGAAGAGCUUGUGAUAUGGGUUGAUCCUUUGGAUGGCACCAAAGAGUACACUGAAGGUCUCCUUGACCAUGUCACUGUCCUCAUUGGGAUUGCUUAUGGAGGCAAAGCAAUAGCAGGAGUUAUUAACCAGCCAUAUUACAACUAUGAGGCAGGAGCUGAUGCUGUACUGGGCAGGACAAUUUGGGGAGUCCUGGGCAUAGGUGCUUUUGGAUUUCAGCUCACAGAAGUACCAGCUGGGAAACACAUCAUUGUUACCACCCGUUCGCAUGGCAGUACUCUGGUAAACGACUGCAUCAGUGCUUUGAACCCAGACAGCGUUAUCAGAGUUGGAGGAGCAGGAAACAAGAUCAUUCAACUCAUAGAAGGCAAAGCAUCUGCUUAUGUAUUUGCCAGUCCUGGAUGCAAGAAGUGGGAUACCUGUGCACCUGAAGCUAUUUUACAUGCAGUGGGAGGCAAGAUAACUGAUAUCCAUGGAAACUCCUUUCAGUAUAACAAAGAAGUAAAACACAUGAAUUCAGCUGGGGUCCUUGCCACUUUGAGAAAUUAUGACUAUUAUGCCAGUCGUAUUCCUAACACAGUUAAACAAUCUCUUGUGCCUUAAAGCACAAAGUGUCUUCACUUGGCCUGGAAAGUUGAGAAGGUGAGAUUGUAGAAAAAUUAAAAAAAGAAGAUAACUGAGCUUGAAAUUGUUUUACGGAAUCUGAUUCUAAUUCUUACAUUAAGCUGUUCAAUAAUUUGCAAAUUACCAGCAGACUGUCUACGGUUGGAUCAGAUUGUUUUGCUAUGUUUAGCAAAUACUGUAGUAACUACGUUUCUUCUAUGUUUGUUUUCCAUAUUCUUUGGAAAUAGAGUAUUCAUUCCAUGUGGUAUGACUGUGGUUAAUGUACUGCUAAUCAUAACAAUAUAAUCCAAAAGUCAUCUUAGUAUUCAGGGCACAAAUUCAUUUUAACUUAUCUACCAAAUUUUGUUCAGUGUUUUUUCUCAAACAUACUCAACAAGAUUUUGUUGGGUUAAAUACAAAUGGAGUAGGAACUUAAAUGGAUGGAUGAUCACAUUUAUAAUAAAAGUGGAUGGUUUUGAUUCUUA